CUAUACAAUUACAAAGUAGAAAUUACAUAAUGAUUAGUAAUAAAUGUGCAUAAAUUCUAUGUAUAAAUUGGUCAUUUUAGGUAUGUUAUUUUAAAAUCAGUUCAUAAAUUUCAAUUAAUUUUAAUAUAUAAUAUAACACAUUCACAUUUUUACUAUACCUAGGAAAAUAUUUAAAUUUUAAAAUAAAAUAUUGAAGAUUUGGGGAAAGAUUGGUCUGUGAGGAGUAGUAAUUAGUAGUACUAGUACUAUUUAUAUUGUUGGGAUGUGCAGUGUAUUCAUAUGAAUUAAGUAUAUCCUCACACUGGAAUUGAUUAUUGAAUUUUUUAGAUAUUAAUAUGUUGAAAUUUCUUUUAGGAUUUACAAUAAUAAUUUAGGGGUAUCAUCUAUGUAUGGAAUUUAUGUUUAUAUCUAAUGAUGUUCACUUCCACCCAUGUGGGAAUCCUAUUCUUCGGACACAACUAAAUUCUAUCAUUCAGUUAAUUCCAAACUUAGUAAGAAUGAGACAACCGUAUACAAAACAGAGACAACCAUAUAUAUGCCAUACAAGGUAACAUCAACUUCUUCAACUUUGAAAUUUCUUUCGUGGCUUGUUCAACUCUUUAGAAAUCAGAGGCAUUCUGAUUUCUGGGGGUCAUUAACAUCGUCCAUUUUUGGACCCCACGCGAUUGUGGCUCCAGAUUCCAGCUGUCCACAAAAAGGGGAUGUUUUAAGAGUAUUAUAUGUUUUAGAGAAUUGCUUUGCUUGCGGAUUCUAAACCAUUAAUCUUAUGGCGGAGCAAGAUUUUACUUUUUCGGAGAAUCCGCGGUGCCUAUUGUUUAAGGAUGCCAGGUCAGCCCUAAAACUUGAUGAGUUAGGUGCAGAGAUAGCCACCAUUGCUAUUCCUGCAGCAAUGGCUUUGACAGCUGAUCCAAUAGCAUCUCUCAUCGACACAGCAUUUAUCGGCCAAAUUGGUCCAGUUGAGCUUGCUGCAGUGGGAGUUGCCAUUGCUUUAUUCAAUCAGAUAUCAAGAAUCGCGAUAUUCCCACUUGUCAGUGUGACAACUUCCUUUGUUGCCGAGGAGGAUGCAAUUAGAAGGGCGGGGAGGCUGGAUUUCGAAGAGGAUGACUUAUCUUGUAAACACAGUGAAAAAAAGAUGUUGAUACCACAAAAGGGAAUGGGCGAAAAAAUGCCUAGUUUGGGGUCUCAAAAGAGUCUUGAGGUAGAUGAGGUUGCGCAGGGGAAGAAGCAGAUUGCAUCGGCCCCUUCAGCGUUGAUCAUUGGUGGCAUUCUCGGCAUACUACAAGCUGUGUUUCUCAUCACUGCAGCCAGACCUUUACUAAUUUUCAUGGGAGUGAAAUAUGGCUCAGAGAUGUCGACUCCUGCUGAACAUUACUUGAAGCUCAGAUCACUCGGUGCUCCUGCAGUUCUCUUGUCCUUAGCUAUGCAAGGCGUGUUUCGUGGUCUGAAAGACACAAAAACUCCGCUUUAUGCAACAGUGUCCGGAGAUAUAGCAAACAUUAUUCUGGACCCGAUAUUUAUAUUUUUGUUGAAGAUGGGCGUCAGGGGUGCAGCCACUGCGCAUGUUAUCUCACAGUAUUUGAUAGCUCUAAUACUCUUCUGGAGAUUGCAAGCGCAAGUGGAUCUCUUAUCUCCGAGUCUUGAAUAUCUGCAAUUAGGCCGUUUCAUAAAAAAUGGAUUCCAAUUGCUUACAAGGGUGAUAGCUGUGACAUUCUGUGUGACGCUAGCUGCAUCACUGGCCGCCAGGCUGGGAUCGAUAGAAAUGGCUGCAUUUCAGGUUUGCUUGCAAGUUUGGCUAGCUAGCUCUCUCAUGGCCGAUGGCUUGGCUGUUGCUGGACAGGCCAUACUUGCAAGUGCUUUUGCAAGAAAAGACUACAAUAGGGCAGCUGCCACAGCGGCUCGAGUGCUUCAGUUGGGGAUAGUUCUGGGGUUGUGUUUAGCUGUCAUGCUGGGAUUUGGAUUGCAUUUUGGGGCGCGGAUCUUCACCCAAGACGCUGAUGUUCUCCACCUUAUUGGCGUUGGCAUCCCGUUUGUAGCAGCAACUCAACCAAUCAACUCACUGGCCUUUGUCUUCGAUGGUGUUAACUUUGGAGCAUCUGAUUUCGCAUACUCAGCUUAUUCAAUGGUUAUAGUGGCUAUCGCGAGCAUCACCGCGUUGUUUUUCCUUUCAUACGCCUAUGGAUUUGUAGGGAUAUGGAUUGCCCUUACUUUUUAUAUGAGUUUGAGAGCAUUUGCUGGAUUUUGGAGAAUUGGGACAGCAACAGGACCAUGGGAAUUUAUUAGGAGUUGAUUCUGCUUUGUGUAAGAGACUUGUUGUAUAUAGGUUAUGCUUAGGUGUUGGAAAGAAAUCAUAGGAAUUAAUAUGAUUGAUUCCUAAUUGAUCACGUACCAAAAUUAGGGAGAUUUCCAUUGAUUGUAUUUACCAUAUGUACAUAGUGUCUUGCCUAUAAAGGCUGUAAUCUCUUCACUUUUUAUAAUCAAGAAAGUAAAUACAGAACCAA